UGGCGCUGAUGAAGCGUUGAUGGAAUUAGUUUCUACUUCUACCGUUAGUGCGCUUGGGUGGCGACUGAUGACGCAGUUACCGACAAUCUCUAAACAAGUCACAACCUGUCUGCAGUUGCAGUAUAGAAGUCGACAUGGCGGCGUUUGAAGAAAUGGGCGUUUUGCCCGAAAUUUCGGAGGCGAUUCAAGACCUUGAGUGGAAUCUCCCAACAGACGUCCAGGCCGAAGCAAUCCCUCUGAUCCUAGGUGGAGGAGAUGUCUUAAUGGCUGCAGAGACAGGCAGUGGUAAGACAGGUGCUUUCUGUCUGCCUAUCCUCCAAACUGUAUGGGAGAACCUGAAGGACAUCGAGACUGGAAAGGCCUCCGGUGUCUCCAGUAAACGAGCGAGGCCCGACCUGUGGGGUCUGAGUCUCGUCGACAGGGGGCCAGCUAUGGCAGUGACUACUGAUGGCUUACGUUGCCAAAGUCGGGAGCAACGAGAGUGGCACGGUUGUCGGGCGAACAAAGGUAUCCAAGGAACCGGGAAAUACUAUUUUGAAGCCAUUGUCAUGGAUGAGGGUCUCUGUAGAGUUGGCUGGUCAACAUCACGAUCUAGUCUGGACUUGGGAACUGAUGCCUUUGGGUGGGGAUAUGGAGGUACUGGUAAAAAAUCCCACGCAAGGCAAUUUGACAACUAUGGAGAACCUUUUGGGAUGCGCGACGUCAUUGGUUGUCUUCUGAAUCUCUCCAACGGAGAGAUGAGGUUCACUAAAAAUGGGGUGGAUCUUGGUAGAGCAUUUUACUUGAAUGCUCAGCAGAGAUCUCAGGUUUUCUUUCCAGCAGUGGUUGUGAAAAAUGCUGAAAUGUCGGUGAACUUCGGUAGGCAGCCAUUCGUGAGUUCUCUCCCAAGUGGAUUCACUCCGCUGGCCUUUGCAAAGAAGGAUUGUUACGAAGAGAAUGAAAUGGAGAGUAAUAGUGGCGAAACUCAGCCGAUUAAACCCCCUGCCAACGCUCCGCAAGCGAUUAUUAUUGAACCCUCGAGAGAACUUGCAGAGCAAACAUACACUCAACUUGAAAAGUUCGGGCGUCAUCUGACCAAUCCCCCAAUCAGGCCAUUGCUGGUUAUUGGGGGAGUUCCUGCCAAAGUACAAAUCGCUGCGCUGGAAUCCGGAAUUGAAAUUGUCGUGGGAACCCCAGGUCGGCUAGAGGAUUUAAUCGAAGGAGGAUAUUUAUCUCUAGCGCACUGCAAAUUUUUCGUCCUUGACGAGGCUGAUGGUCUCUUAAAACAAGGCUACACAAAGUUGAUAGAUGAUCUCCAUCGUCAGAUUCCCAAAAUAACACCUAAUGGGAAAAGACUCCAAAUGAUUGUGUGUUCAGCGACUCUUCAUGCAUUUGAAGUUAAAAAAAUGGCAGAGAGAUUAAUGCAUUUUCCGAUUUGGGUGGAUCUCAAAGGUGAAGACGUUGUUCCCGAAACGGUUCAUCAUGUGGUGGUGCUCGUCGAUCCUCAGGCGGAUAAAAUGUGCAAUGGCUCGGGUAGGCGUAUACAGACAGAUGGAGUUCACCAUCGAGACAACACUAAAUCGAAACGCAACACUGCUGAAGCUCUCUCAGAGAGUGUCAAAAUUCUUAAAGGUGAAUAUUGCGUACGAGCGAUUACUGAACAUAAGAUGGAUAGAGCCUUAAUUUUCUGUCGCACGAAACUGGACUGCGAUAACCUGGAGAGAUAUCUGACGGACAUAGACCCUCAUAAAUUCUCCUGCGUUUGUCUUCAUGGGGAUCGCAAGGCCGCAGACCGUAAAGCAAACCUUGAGAAGUUCAAACUCCAACAGGUGAAGUUUUUAAUUUGCACCGAUGUUGCAGCUAGAGGUCUCGACAUCUCAGGUCUACCAUUUGCUAUUAACAUGACUCUACCAGAUGAAAAAUUCAAUUACAUCCAUCGAAUUGGGAGAGUUGGAAGGGCUGAGAGAAUGGGUCUAGUUAUUUCUCUAGUCAGUGCCGUUCCGGAAAAGGUUUGGUACCACGGAGACUGGUGCCUUUAUAGGGGAAGAAACUGCACUAACGUUAAUCUGGUUAACCAAGGAGGGUGUUGCAUAUGGUAUGAGGAGCGGCGGCAUCUUGCUGAGAUUGAGGAUCAUUUGAAUAUAACUAUUCAGCACAUUGGUUCUGAUCUAAAAGUACCCAUGAAUGAAUACGAUGGGAAGGUUGUUUAUGGACAGAAAAAAGUAGAUAGUAAAACCAGGUAUGAGAAUCACGUGCAGCAAAUGGCACCAGUUGUCAUGAGUCUUGCUGUACUCGAGGCCAAGGCUCAGAUCGCUUAUGUAAGAAGACAUCUAUUGCCUUCUUAAAAUUGUGAUUUUAAUUACAGAAUUAAAAGAAGUAAAUCUCGGCUCUUCAUUAAUUUAUUCAUAAAUGACUUGGCGCAAUUGCUUACAUUGAAACGUAUAGUAUGCAGAGUCGAAUCCCAAAUUUAUAUCCUCUCCCAUUGACAGCGGCUUUACCUUCACGGUAAAGCUGCUAUCCUUUAUUUCACCCAACAUCGAUUAAAGAUUUCCUCCUUUCUUUAAAUAAAAAUUAAUGCAAGCGAUGCUGGUGGUGUUCGAAACCACCGAAUCCCCUGAAUUCCUCUAUCGAAGACCGAUCAAUUAGUGAAAAUGCUGCCCCAAGAUUGUUGUCGCAACCGAUGAUUAUUAUUGUAGUUCCUACUAGGUUGUUGAAUUACAAAAAAGGUGACUACCGCAGUCACUCUCACUUUAGCUUGCCCCCAUAAAUUUAUUUCACUGAAGUUCGUUCAAAUUGAUUAAUGGAUAAAUUUACUGUUCUAUAAUUUAUUUUACUUCGCCCCCACAUUUUUUCUUCUCACUUGAAUUCUCCUGGUUGUACAAUGGAUAUUAUAAUGGUAUGAUUCAGUAUUAUUUGAUUGUUCGGCCGGUAAACACCCGCAGAAUAAAAUGUCUCUCUUUAUUUUCGAUUAUCAUCAAUGUAAUUGCACUGGAUUGAAAUAAACUGCACAAUCGACUAAUUUUCCAUUUAUUCUUUCUUUGUGAUUAAUGCACAUGGGAGACGUUUACAAGCUAUUCAAGUUUUGAUUUAAAUCACAGACUUGAAUUAUUUAUCCUCUUUUUAUUUUUUUAUCAAUGACUUUGCGCAACGCUCGACGUCACUUUUGACAUGAUAUUCAACUAGUCCAUCCAUUCAUACAUAAUUAAAUUGUAUCGCUAAACAUUGAUGUUAUCACUAGUUAUCCGCAUAUAUCCAGUCUCUCAACAUGAAUCCACUCAGUUGUCCGUGCAUAGUCCCAAUGUUGAUGAUCCAAACCUUACUUUCUUUUUUUUUACACUUUUUAUCGCUAAUCAUCAGUUGUGUGAAAGGUUAAUGAAAUCUAAAUUUAAUUUAUGGCGGAAUUGUGAAGCUUGUCGAUGAUGAAAUUGUAAAAAAUUUAAUCUUGUUUUUUUUUCUCAAUAUAUUUUUUUUUGUUCAAUAUAUUUAUACAUACGUGUACGUAAUAGAUAUAUACAUGAAAGAGGGUAGUACUUACAAUUGAAAUAUAAUACGAAAAUACGAAAAGACGAACCAUGCACAUAGACGAUUUACUUUCACUGAUGACAUGUCAAUGCUCUUAUUUUCAUUCUCAUUUCCAUGAAGAGGAAAAAAGGGAAAAAAUUAUAUUUUCAUAUCUAUCUUGUUCUUUUGCCUCACCUAAUCAACGAUGGACUAUCGUUAAGAGCAUUACACUAAUGUUCUGUCUAGAACGACCAUUAAUAGCUGUUGAAGAAUGAUAAUGUAUCGUCGAGUAUUUACCACAGUAAUGAGUUGGAGGCCGCAAUCAGUGGUGCAUUGAUAAUGAAUUGAUAAUAAAUUGGUAAUAUUGACAA